GGCUCUCCUUUCUGUCCAUCGGAGGCGAGGCCAGGGGAGGCGAGGCCCGCCCCGCUUCGCCCUCCGCUUAAAUUCGGGACCCGCCCGCUCGCCCGCCACUUGGAAUCUGAACGCGGGGGACGGGAAGGAGCGGGAAUAUUUUGCCAAGGUUCGCGGCCAGCCAUGCAGCCCGCCCCGCAGUCCGUGUGCCUCAACAUGCAGCCCUACGACGGUGUGGACAGGGCGCAGGACCCUGCUUUGUAUCCUCAGGUGCGGAGCGUCGCUGUCCAGGAGCACCCAGACUUUGUGCUCUGGUCCUUGUUCAACUUCUUCUUCCUGAACUUCUGCUGCCUCGGCUUCGCCGCCCUCGUCUUCUCCAUCAAGUCAAGGGAUCGGAAAGUGGUUGGAGAUCCUGAUGGUGCAGCUAGCUAUGGGAAGACAGCCAGGUGCCUGAACAUCACUUCGUUGGUACUGUCCAUCACAUUCGUCAUCAUCUUUAUCAUCGCAAUUGUCUCUGUCGUAACAAGUAUGUCUUGAUGGAGUGGACCAAAUUAACUGAGGCUGGGAUGAAUGGGAAAGAAGUCUUGCAUUGAGGAUUUUCUCUCCAGCAUUGUAUAUGAGUAAAAAACUCAGUCAGCGCUUGCUUUUGCUUUGAAUGGACCUGGCCUGCCCUUUCACUUGUAAGCAGUGAAGCAUUCUACAAAGCUACUAGUACUGCUUGCACUUCUGGAAAUGGAGAUCUGUAUGCUUCUAAUCCUCUCUAGCUGCUGUUUUCCCAUCAAUAUGAACUGAAUGGUGACUUGGAUAGGAAACAGCAGCUAGGGAGCAUCCAGUCUGAGAUAUUCACAGAGGAGCAAAAUGUUCAUAUGAGUGGUGAUUUCUCCAGCUGCUGGCUUUUUGUCCUUCCUAAUCACUGCUAACUCAUGGGAACCCAUCAGCAUUUUUCUUGUUUCUUUCAGCAUUUUAAGAAGCCUUUUCACUCAAGAUAUGUAUUGUUUUUUUCUGUAUGUCAGCAUGAAAUGCAGGGUGAAUUGUGACCAAAUAAAAGCACACACUUUUGAUUCUG